AAACGAAUUGAUUUUUGUCAGUGUUUACACGACUAGAAGAAUUUUCUCCUUUGCUUUUCAUGACAGCGUACGAAAAUGACCAAAAUGUCUCAAAAAGACGUCGUGAAACUAGUGCUCUGGAACCUGAAGACGACGAAGAUUUGACGGCUUGGGAACAUAUGACUGCUGGAGCUGCGGCAGGAAUGGCAGAGCAUAGCGUCAUGUAUCCAGUUGAUACUAUCAAAACUCGAAUGCAGUCAUAUAUGUCUGCCUUGGAUAUGAAACAAUCCAUUUUCAGGGCAGUUCAUUCCAUUAUCUUACAUGAAGGUGUUUCACGCUUGUGGAGAGGAGUAAGUGCGGUGUUAAUAAGCGCUGGUCCUGCACACGCCGUUUACUUUGCAACAUAUGAAGCGGCAAAAGAAGCUUUUGGUGGAAACAAAAACAGUCAACACCAUCCUCUCGCUACUUCUGCUGCAGGAGGUUUGGCUACGAUUGUAGCAGAUGGAAUGAUGGCGCCUUUUGAUGUGGUGAAGCAACGAAUGCAGUUAAAGUCGAGUUGUUAUUCGAAUAUUUUUCACUGUAUUUCUACGGUGUAUAGGCAACAUGGGACCUCUGCAUUUUUUGUUGGUUACAAAACGACGUUAAUUAUGAAUGUUCCUUUUACAGCUAUACAUUUCACAGUUUAUGAAAGCUGUAAAAAAGUUAUUCAUAAAUGGAGAAAUAUUGCUUCAGAUGAGCUAUCAGUAACAAGUCAGCUCUUGGCAGGUGCCAUGGCAGGUGCAUGUGCCAGUGCAGUUACCAAUCCGUUCGAUGUGGUUCGUACAAGACUGCAGACUCAAGGCGAGAGAGGAGCUAGAAGAUACAAAAACAUGACUUCUGCGAUGAAAAGUAUUUAUUAUGAAGAAGGAAUUCGAGGGUUUUUGCACGGCAUACGACCUCGUAUCUUAUUUCAUAUGGUAAGUAGGAAUUGUAUUAGUUUCAAGAGUUUCCAAGUCAAUUUGAUAAAGCCUGCUGCUGCAAUCUGCUUCACCGUGUAUGCCACAUGUAAGCAUGUGCUUUAUUCAGGAAAGACUUCGAAGCAACUGCAAACUGAAGAAGACCAUAUUUUGUAAAGAGAAAUUUUGGUGUUGGGUCGGUUUCUGAGUAGUGAUGUUGUCCAUGUUUGUCCACUUUUAGGUUCGAAACUUGCGUGUGUUUUGGGACAAGAGGCAAACAUUUACGCAAUCAGAGAUAUCUUUACUUUUCUUGGUUUAGGUAUUGAAAUAGGUGCUGUCAUUUAGCUGUAAAGAUAAGUAAAAAAUGAGCAGAUUGGAAUUUCCUA